UGUGAGAGCUGUGAUUGGUCACAGCUUGUCACAUGGUACAAGGCUGUUGUGAAUAGCCCUGUACCAUGUGAUCUCUGUGAUCAUUCACAGAUUUCACACGUAGUAAGCAAUGAUGUCAGAAGUGACAUCUUGCUUACUACUCUGCAGUGGGCACCGGAUCGUGGUGCUGUGCGCUCCCAGGGAGCGCGCACAAGCAGGGGGUGGGGAGGCCGUUUAUAAGCGCCACCCGCCCCUGCACUGCUACCAUCCGGCCAUUUAUAUACA